AUGUUUAAUCGCAAUAACUACUCGAACCCUUUUGGGUCUAAUCCUCCUCCCCAGAGGGACGGUUACUCACGGCCUUCGCAAGGCUACCCACCGCAGCACGGAGCUCCUGACGCAGGGGGUUACGGAACACCCCCGCCGCGACGACCUGCACCGGGUACUCGCCCGCCGCCGCAGGCCCCGAUGGGAGGCAGACCGAGUGAAGGAGGGGCCUGGGCUUUGACGCCAAAGGAGAGUCCGAAUAAGGAAUGCCAAUUUGGAAACCUCGUUGCGCUCUCCGCCCAAGACUUUCCCCGCGCUCAGUUCGGAUACGAAGAUAUUUUGAUCAUUGUCAAUGGCCUCUACGUGUUUACCGCACGCGUCCUCGAUGAAUUCCCUCCGGGAUACAUUGGACUCUCCAGCAUCCAAAGACCAUGGGCCAAGGCUGGAUUCCGAGACUCCCUCGAUGUUCGCAUCUAUGAUCCUUUCCGACAGGGCGGAGAGGCGUAUCUCGGUUCUGCGGACAUUGAGGUCAAAUUUGCUGGAAAAUUACGGCCGGAUACUUUGUAUGAUCAGGAUGAGCUUCUUAGUUCUGUGAUCAAGAAUUUCAAUGGCCAAAUCUUCGCACCGGGGCAACCGGUACUGAUGGACCAUCACGGCGUGCCGCUACAGUUGACAGUCAAGACCAUCCUUCGUGUUAGUCUUACUUCGGAGAAGGACACCAGUAAGAUGCCGGAGUCGGAACCUACAGCUAGGGGCAUCCUCACGAAGCAUACUUUGAUCAACUUCUUCAAGGAUCCUCAGAGUGAGAUCCAGAUCAAACCAGCGAAGAACAGGCCCGCGGCCAAUGCUAUCAUCCAGCCCGACUUCAACACCGAGAAGAUGGGAAUUGGUGGUCUCGACUCAGAGUUUCACACAAUCUUCCGUCGCGCAUUCGCGUCGCGUAUCUUCCCACCUGACAUCGUGCAGAAGCUUGGUAUCCAGCACGUGAAAGGUAUCUUGCUGUUCGGACCGCCUGGUACCGGUAAAACUUUGCUGGCGCGACAAAUCGGAAAGAUGCUGAAUGCGCGAGAGCCCAAGAUUAUCAACGGUCCAGAGGUCCUGAACAAGUUCGUCGGGCAGUCAGAAGAGAACAUCCGUAAGCUUUUCGCCGAUGCAGAACAGGAAUAUAAGGAAAAGGGCGACGAAAGUGGACUCCACAUCAUUAUCUUCGAUGAAUUGGAUGCUGUAUGUAAACAGCGUGGCAGUGGAGCGGGUGGCGGUACCGGAGUCGGCGAUAGCGUGGUCAACCAACUGCUCUCAAAGAUGGAUGGUGUUGACCAGCUAAACAACAUUCUACUCAUUGGUAUGACAAACAGGAAAGAUAUGAUUGAUGAUGCCUUGCUGCGACCUGGUCGUCUGGAAGUGCACGUUGAAAUCUCACUCCCCGAUGAGGCCGGCCGAGCUCAAAUUCUCGGCAUCCACACUCAGAACAUGAGACAAAGUGAACUGAUGGAUCCGAGUGUCAAUCUGCCAGAGAUAGCUGGUUUGACAAAAAACUACUCAGGUGCUGAGAUUGCUGGUCUCGUGAAGGCUGCAACUUCCUUCGCCUUCAAUCGUCAUAUCGACUCAGGUAAAACGGUUAGGGUUAAGGAUGACGCCGCUGAUAUGAAGGUUAACCACUCCGAUUUUAUUCUUGCUCUUGAUGAAAUCCAACCGGCUUUCGGUGUGUCCGAGGAUGAGAUUAAGAGAUGCAUUGAGCACGACAUCAUCAACUACUCAGACAAGAUUGACAAUGUUCUCAAUGAAGGAGAGGCAUUGGCGAGAGGUCUUGGCCGCCCUGAGCAGACACCUUUGUGGUCCGUCUUGCUUAAUGGACCGCCUGGGAGUGGAAAGACCGCUCUUGCAGCUCAGAUCGCGCUUGACUCGGGGGCGCCUUUCAUCAAAAUGGUCUGCCCUGAAGAUAUCGCCGGUUUCAGCGAAUCCGCUAAGAUCCAGCACAUUCUCAGGGUCUUCAACGAUGCCUACAAAAGCCAAACAAGCGUUGUUGUUGUCGAUGAUAUUGAGACCAUCAUUGAUUAUGUGUCGGUUGGGCCCCGGUUCAGCAACAGCGUCCUACAGACGUUGAAGGUUUUGUUUAAGAAACGGCCACCGAAAAACAGAAGACUUCUUAUCCUCGCGACCACAAGCGAGCGAGUACUUAUGAAGGAAUUGAAUAUCUACAACUCUUUCAACUCCGACAUCGAUGUUCCGAAUGUCACGAGUCAUGAAGAGCUGAAGCACAUCAUGGAGAAAUCUGAGGUGUUCACAAGCGAGCAGAUCGCAGAGGCUCUGGAGCGCAUCGAGCCUCUCAAAGGAGAAACAGCGUACAGCAUCACUUCCGGUGUUGGAAUCAAGAAAGUCUUCGAUGGUAUCGAGCUCGCGAAGAAGACUCCAGACCAGCUAGUGACUCAAUUUGUGCGCUUUAUCAACAGUGCAGUCCAGGAAGGAGGACUGACUACUAGAAGAGCGGUUUAG